AUGCUCUUCACGAGUCCGCCCGAAGUCGGAUUGACCCUCGCCAAGGUCGGACUUGGAGUGAUUUCCACCCUUUGGUUUGCGCGUGACUUGGUCGAAUCCACACAUGUCAUCUUGAAGAUAUAUGCCUCGGGUCAGGGAAGGGAGCAUGAACUGAAUGUGUAUACACACAUGGACUCGAUCGAAACAGAUCAUCCCGGCAAGAAGUAUGUUCGCAAACUACUCGACCAUUUCUACUUGAACAAUUUUCAAUGCCGCCACAUUUGCCUCAUCCAUCAACCAUUGGAAAUCAACACAUCCGACCUGAUGCAGCUGAGAUAUGGGCGGAGAAUGACGCUCGAAAGUAUGAAAGCUGCCAUCCGCCAACUUCUCGGUGCGCUAGACUACCUGCACUCUGUAGCCAACCUCAUCCAUACUGAACUUCUCAUUCCUGUACCAUCGCCAGAUGCACUUUCUGAUUUCGAAGAGCAAGUAUUCAAUAAACCAGCGCCAAAGGUUCUUAAAGAUCGCACAAUCUACACGACCUCGCCGUUUCCAUACGGGGACGGGCUCCCUAUUCUGAGUGACCUAGGAGAAGCCCGCUUCGGUGAUGUGGAACAUUGCGAGAAUAUCAUGCCGGACUACUAUCGCGCUCCAGAGGUCGAUAUCUGGAGUAUCGCCAUGGUUGCAUGGGACAUCGUCAGCCGCAAUUCCCUCAUCAGGGGUGAAAUCAGAGAUGAUAUCUUUGACGAUGGGGUCCGUAUCGCCCAACUUGUCGCCUUGCUUGGUAACCCAUCACCAGAAUUCCUGAAAAAGACACCUAUGAGCUGGGUAUUCUGGGAUGAUUCCGGGAACUGGAAGAAUCUGGUCCCGAUUCCAAAUGAGCGGACGCUCGAGAAAUUAGCUGCCGACAUCCAAGGUGAAGAUGUCGAAGGUUUCCUGCGAUGGCUGCUGUUGGCCCUGCAAUGGAACCCUGAAGAUCGACCAACUGCUCUGGAGCUUCUGAUGGAUCCGUGACUGAUGAAGGGCCUGAAACUACGGAAGAAGUUUGGAGAUGGGAAUGUCUCCCAGGACUGAUGUCCUCUGUUUGUC